ACAUUUCACAUCAACAAAUACAUCAAUUAUUUUACAAUGGAAAACCAAUGGAGUUCUGGUCUUUGCAGCUGCAUGGAAGACGGCAAAACUGCUUGCCUCACAUGUUUCUGCCCGUGCGUCACUUUUGGACGGAUCGCGGAUAUUGCCGACGAAGGAAGAUCCGGUUGUGCGAAAUGUGGGAUAUGUUACGGACUGAUAUGUUUUCUGGUGGCCUCACCAUGCUUGUUCUCAUGCACUUACCGGACCAAGAUCCGAAGCAAAUUCGGGUUACCAGAGUCUCCAGCUUCAGAUUGCCUCACUCAUUGCUUUUGUGAAUUUUGUGCUCUAUGCCAAGAAUAUCGUGAACUCAAAAACCGUGGUCUUGACCCUUCUCUUGGAUGGGAUGGGAAUAGACACCGAACAAUGUCUCCUCCUACGGGUCAACACAUGAUGGGAUGA